AUGUGUGAAAAAGUGGAAACGAAGGAGAAGGAGAAGAAGAAGGUUGACGAUGAUAUCUAUGAUGAUGAUGAUGAUGAUGAUGAUGAUGAUGAUGAUGAUGAUGAUGAUGAUGAUGAUGAUGAUGAUGAUGAUGAUGAUGAUGAUGAUGAUGAUGAUGAUGAUGAUGAUGAUGAUGAUGAUGAUGAUGAUGAUGAUGAUGAUGAUGAUGAUGAUGAGAAUGAAUGCACCUGA